AUGAUUGAUUUAAGCGGUUGGAAUGAAAGGGAUUUCAUCGUAUUGAAAAAUUCUUUGAAUCAAUUUAUUGAGCAUAUUCGAUUCUUCGAAAUCUCUUCAAAAGAGUUUAAUGAUAAUAUUCGACCUUUUAAGAAAGUUUUACCUGAAGCAUUAUUUGAAGAUAUUUUGUCAUUUUAUUUGGCAAAUGCUAAACCUAGACAAAAGAUACCAGCUCCUCGUGGUGGAAAAGUUGAAAUUUUUUCAACCCUCAUUAAUUCGAAACAAGCAGCCAUUCUUGCCAGUUGGAUCCAUAGGAUAAAAACCAAUAAAAGAAAUCUAGAAGAUUAUAAGUAUUCUUUUGAUCUUAUCUAUCGUGAAAAGGAAAAUUAUGAUAUCUUCGAUAUUCGUAAGAAAUGUAAUGAACAAACAGCAUGUAUUUUGUUUAUUCAAAUUCAAGAAAAAGAUACUAUAAUUGGUGGAUAUAUGCCAGUUGGUUGGAAUACUUUUUCACAAACACCUCGGUUAGCUACAGACAGAAAUCGGCAAGAAAAUUGGGUUAACACUAGUGAAAGUUUUAUUUUUUCUUCAUGCGAUGGAAGUAGAAAGGAUUUUAAAAAUUUUACGAUCAGCCGAGUCGUAAAUCGCAAUAAAGCGAUUUGUUUGACCAAUGCAUUGAACUUUGGUAAUAGCGAUUUGGUCAUUUAUAAUAAUAAUCAAGGCACAUACGUUAGAAAAUAUUAUGAAAAUAGCAUUUUGAAUAUAGAUAGAUUUACUAUCCAAAAAAUAGAGAUUUUUAAAGUUUUAUACAAUGCUUGA